UGGUGUAGAUGAGAGAAUGUCAAACUUGUUGCCGAGUGGCGAGAUAAACACGUUCAACACGAGGAUGAACUGGACAGGCUUCAGGAGCUCCCCGUUUUUUUAAUGGUCAAUUGAGCAGCCAGUCAAGUAAACGGGACUAAACGCAGCCGGUCGGAUACGUUUCGCACAGUGACAAGAGUCGCGGUUGUCUUGGACAUUCAGUUCACAGGCAACGGACGCAGAGACUGACUUUGUAAGACAAGUUUAUCCUCUCGCGGAUCAGGAACGGACGCUGUUAGAGUGGAGUGAGAGUUUUAUAGUCCAUAUUCCCAGAGUGCUCUAAGAUGGGACUGUACGCGGGCUACCCUGCUUUGCUUCGCAACGUGCUGGAUUCGCCGUCGCUCCCGGGAACGCUUCGCUUUGUAAAAUGAAAAUUAUGUGUUUAUGAAGAUGUGCGUUUUCCAGGGUCAACUCCUUAAGGUCACUUACUUGUCCUCGUCAUCUGCAAAGGGACCAAAGUUUUUCGCACUACGUGGAUAUCACGCAGACUGCACUCAUGUUGGGUCUCCGGAGUAUGGACCCGGUUGGAAAGGAAGAAAGUAAGAAAAAAUACAUGGAAUUACAGAAAAUGGGAUACCAUCACUUCGGAUUGUUUGCUUUGAUCUUGUUUUAAACUGUGGAUUAAAGAAAGCGAAUUGCACAAGCCAUUGUGCAGAGUAACAAUGAAUGCUAACUAUAACACUUCUGGAUUUCACAUGAAAGCACCAUCAGUAGCUGUAGAACCAGUCUUGGAUCCUUUGAAUGAACCCCCCAUGCAGGGGCUCAACUUCAUGCCAGGCGGAGAGCCGUAUGGAUUCCAGCCUCACAGCCAUGGGGAUAUGCUUACUACAGGACUACAGCAGCAACAUCAGCUCCAUAUGCCGCCACCUUUCAACAGCCAACAGCUUAAUCCUGACCAGCCUUCACACCCCUACCAGGAUGGGGUCGCUUCGUGCUUGCAUGGAGACAGACACAUCGGCUUCAGUGGCAGAAGUACAGGCCACCAGCAGAUGUUUGUGUCAGAAUUUGGUCAGCUCACAGAAGCCCAGACGCGAGAAUGCCUCUCGCAGCAGCAGCAACGGCUGGCUAGUAUGCCUGAUUACCAUCUCCACGGCCAUCCUAACAGCAAUCAUGCCGUGCCAGCCCCAUGUUUGCCUCUGGACCAGUCACCUAACCGAGCUGCGUCUUUUCAUGGCCUUCCAUCUUCCUCUCCUGAAAGCAACAGACUGGAGCACUAUAGGCUUUUCCCACAGGGAAGGGUGGGUGGGUCGCAGUACUGUUUCCCAUGUGAUCCUCUGCCUGGCCAUUUUGAUGUGACAGGAUUCCCUACUCCCGACUCCACAGAGCCCAGAUUCUCCUACUGCGAAGCGGAGAGCCAGAUGGCUGGCUGUAAUUUCCCCACUUUCACUCAUGGCGCCUCCCGAGCUUUGAUCGGCAGUUCUAAAGUCAACCAACAACUACCUCAACAAAACACAUAUUCAGAGAGGUUUGGGAACAGGGCGAAAUUGGAACCAGGAGUCUCUGCUAGACAUCACCUCAUGGCCCAGCAGAGAGGACCCAUGACCAGACAGAACCCUGGGUCCCCUGUUCUUCCCCAGUUGUACCAUGCCCCAGACUUUGUUCCAAAUAGUCCAGACAUGCAAAAUGGCAGUGCUGUGGUCCAUGCUCAGCAUGGCCAGAUGGAUCAUCCCAUGCACAGAUUAAGUAACCACGGCAUGCAUUCUUUUGGGGAGCCCAUGUUUAAUGUUCCCCAGCUUGGACCUCAACCACCCCAUCAGCAGCACCUCAACUCCUUUCCCUAUUUGAAUAUGGCCAAGAGGCAGCGGUUUGAUCUCCCAAAUGGCUCUGCUGGAGAGAGCUGCAGCACCAUGAGCAGCAGCUUACAUAAUCGGCCGGGCCUUGAGAACCACCUCUCUCCCUCUGCCUUCCCUGCUCCCAUGGGGGACUUCACUGGUCAUGUGAUAGAUGGUUUUCCAUCAGGCCUCCCACCAUUGAGCUGUGGUCCACACCAACAGCAGCCACUGCCUCGCCGGCAAAACGCAGCUAUGAUGAUUAAACAAAUGGCAUCCAGAAAUCAGCAGCAGAGAACGAGGCAAGCUGAACUCCAGACUGUAAGUCACCAGGGGGACCUAACACCAAAUGCCAUGGUUCAGAGAGGACCGCUGGGUAGUAUGUCGCAGGUGAAUUUUGAAAAGAAACAUAAUUUUCAUGGCAACUUUGAGGCUCAGAGCCCCCACCUACCUCACGAAAAUUCUUGGUUUCCUGAUUCACAUCAGCAGUGUAGGGAAACUAAUAUUCAUGCAAUGGAGCAUACACAAAAUGGACACAAUCCUAUGUUUAGACCAGGGGUCACAACUGGGGACAUGCAGUCUUUAAAUUCCCCUGGGCCACACAAUCAGUUUGAAAAUGGCAUGAACAAUCCUCUGCAGGUACAUCUACCCAAUGAAGGAACAAUGCAGCCAAACACACACCUGGACAGGAGGCAUCAUGAAUUUGGAGGAGCCACUAUGAGGCGGCAACACAGCUUUCCUCCUGGGGGGCCAUAUCAGCAGGGAACUCCCCAAAGCAAUCCUCCUGGCUUCAGCUCCUCACCAGGGAACUAUCAAUCCCAUCCUGAGUACCUCUCCAGCCAACACCUGUCAGUCAGUAAGCUUGGGGCCCUGUCUUUGGGGAAUUUAAACAAAGCCAGUACAAAAGACAGUGUGUUUGGCCAAAGCUGUCUGGCAGCUCUCUCCACUGCCUGCCAGAAUAUGAUUGCCAGUCUAGGGGCCCCAAACCUCAAUGUGACUUUUAAUAAGAAGAGCCAAAAUGAGGCCAAACGCAAACCAGGUCAGGUGGAGCAGGACGUAAAUAGCAGUGGCGGUGGCGGGGCUUGUGGCCCAGGGGCAGAGUAUUUUCAGAGCAAUGCUUCUCAGAAUAGUCAAACAUCUUGCUCUGGGAAUAACAACAAUGCAACAGCGGGUCAAAGUGCUCCAGGCCAGAUGGCGAAAAGGGAAACUAGCACCCUCUCCCCAAACAACAACAUAGAUUCCGGAAAUGAAGGGAAAGCAGCAACAGGCAGUGGCCGAGGAAGGGGAAAGAGAAGACGGGACAGUGGGCACAUAAGUCCAGGAAACUUCUCCCCCUCAUGCAGCAGCAACCCUAUGGUUAGUCCAGGCCAGCAAACAUCUUCUUUGAGUAUAGGCAUUGAGGGCCGUGGCAGGACACCUGACAGCUCUCUUGUCUCCCCUUCCUUUGGAAAACCUGAUCUUGCAACUUCUAUGGAUAGUGGUAUUCAAAGCGUGGGAAAAUCUGAUGGUGUUUCACCUUGUAUGGAUUAUCUAGAUGAUGCUAGCCCUCACUACAGCAAUGAGGAUCCUAGGACCAACAGAACCAGCAUGAAAUGUAAUUCAGACAACAGGACUGGUUAUCCUGACACGCCUUGCAUGGAGCAGGUAAGGACACCGCUGGGUAGCUCGGGCCAAGAUGAGGUGCAUCCUCUGGAGAUUCUCCAGGCUCAAAUACAGCUGCAGAGGCAGCAGUUUAGCAUUUCAGAGGACCAGCCACUUGGAGGAAAGACUGGCAAAGAGCCGGACUGCGCGUCUGGACUCAAUGGAGACUGUGCUCUGACAAGUGGCAGCCCAGAGUCAGGAAAGGGCUCUGUGAAUACUAUUGACCUUGACUCUCUCAUGACAGAGCAACAUGCCACCUGGUAUGGCCCUAGCAGCAAGGCUUUGAUAAAGGACCAUGGGAAUGGCAAGUGCAUGGGCUUCUGGGACAGAGCAAGAGGCCAGAGUGACAACAAAGAAGGGCUUGGGUAGGACUGCUUUUUUGGAUGUCCCUCAAUGGCUCCUCGCUGUAUCGCUGAAGAGGUGCUGCUCAAGCGCAGUGAGGGAGUGGGGGAGGACUUGAAGGAGGCCACCCGCAGUGCCUGUCUCCUUGCUGCACAGGGGAACUGGGGAUGGAGUAGCCCCUGAAAGCUCCACUCCUAGCCUGGAGCACAUCAAACUCAGAGACACCCAAGAUCAGCUCCACGUAAUCGGAGGGGGUGGGGGGAGAAGACCCCCCCCCCCUGCCUGCUCCCACUUGAUGGGUGAUGUUCAGUCCCAGUAAAUUUUUCUGCUGGUAAUCGGAUACCAUCUUCACAGGAACAGUAAGGCCACCAUCUCACUGUAUGCUGCUAGGAGGCCACACAUUCACAACCUCUACUGGAAACUUCACCACAGAAGAGACUGAGGACUACGCGAUUUGGGAAACAUACAUAAGCACACCAGAUUGGAAUGUUGGACAGCAUUGUUGAAUUGCUUUUAGCAGAUAUUUUUUAAAAUCUUUUUUCGCCAUUUGUCCUCUUUUCUAGUUUUGUUUUACCUCAUUUUUUUAAACAUUGAAGUGAAAAUCAGAAUAUAUAUUUUGCAGUAUUUUUUGAGAUCUUUCUGAAUGUAUACAUUGGUGAAGAGGUGAACAUAUUUCUCUUCAUCCAAGUCACGGUGGUCCUAAGUCAGUUUUAGGUGAAAACCCAACUCAUUCUGCCCACGUGUUGUGUACGAAAGUGACGCACAAGCCUAAUGCUCAGUUUAUGAGUUGCGUGCAUGGAAAAUUACAAAAUGCGCUCGUCUUCCUCAUGCAUGUGAUGUAAGGGAGGGCUGCGUAAUACGUGGAAAUAUAGUGCAAAAAUGGGUGAAGAUAUUACAUGUGUGAUUACAUAUUCUAUUCAGUUUACUAAAGUUGAGGCCACUGGUUUUGUAUCAGUUUUUCUUUACCUUUUACAGCCCAGUUUAAACUCACAUUAAGCUGCAGUCACAAUAUGCUAUAGCAGCUUGUAUUACCUGUGAAAUGAGUGACCAAGGCUGGUCCGGAAGAUUGGCGACAAAAAAACCUCCAUGUUGAAGCAGUUAGCAAGCUCGCUAACUUGCUCAACAGUAAUGACACAAAGGGUAAACAUAAUUAAACGGAUAUUUGCUCAUGAGUCAAUAUUGUGCUGCACACUGAGUCGUAGAUGUAGAUAACUGGCAUAAAUGACAGCAGUGCUGUGACUUGUUUGCAGCUGCAGUUAGCCAAGGAGCUAACAAGCGGACCGAUGAUACCGACUCCUGGGGUAUCAUGUAGUCUCUCUUUCAUUUGUUUAUGUAUAGCCAGCAAGGUUGUGCUUAGACACUGCUAAAUUAGCAUUUGCUUCAUUUUGAAGGUUCUGUGCUAAGGCCAUCCCUUUAGAGGUCUACAUGGGCUAAGCAGUAGCACGACACAUAGAGGAUGCUAAUUCACACAUCAAGGUUCACCAAAGUUGAUCUCGAUGCAGAAUUUUGCUGAUUUAUCCUGGAUGUUUGCGAUGUGAAAUUGGUCAUCAUAGUAAAAUGACACCCCUGCAAAAUGUUUCAUUUGGAAGAGCUUCAUUCAUUGACAGCUCUCUCUCUCUUUGUCACAGUCAUUUUACCCUUUGUUUCGUCACUUAUUGGUGGCCCCGUUGUUUCACUGCCUCUUUCAAACCCUGCAGCUCCUGAGCAGUUACGGGUUGGGGCUCCACGCAAUUGUGAUAAGCUGCAGUCUUAGUAAACGAAACAUUAAUUUCAGUCACAGUUUGCAGCUGCAACAAGGCCCUCAUACGGAAAUCUGCCCCUGAACAUUCUUUUCUUUCAGAAAUCUCAAAGUCUGGCUAGUUCCACUAGUUAUUUCAUCCGUAAAACCACCUCAAUUCUCAUAAAGAAAUGCACAAUUAAAUAUAUGUUUACCGCAUUCAUCCAUCACAGAUCCUUCAUAUCGCACAUUCAAAUCCCGUUUUUGUCCCACAGUGAGCCGCUUUAGAAUUAAGACAGAAACUAUUCACACCAGAAGAACCACUUUCAGUAUUGUGUUAAAAACUCCUGGCAGUUUACUUGGUCCUCAGCACCCGGCUUUUCUGACUGCGGUGGGUCAACCUUUUGACUUUGAAAGGCCGGUGGGGGUUCUCUCCUCUCCCUACUGCUUUUGGAAAUCUGAUAUGUAGGCUGAGCUCAUCCCUUUGUGGCCUGCCUGGCCAGCGUCGGAAUGCCAUUGUUUCAAACCGAUACUCUUCUCUAUUUGGGUUUUCCCCUUCACUCAGCCUUCAUGGGCAAACUGAGCUUCUCCCUGCUUUUAAGCUAACUGGUGCUGAAUAUGUUUGGCCAGAAUUGGCAGCCCAUUCAAUAGGAGACAAUAGCCACUGACAAAAGACUUCUCCCUUUUAAGAAAAUGGCUUUCCAUCUGGCAAUUUAAAAGGUCUUUAACCAGUUUAUUUGUGUUUGACACUUCAGUAUUUCCAUGCUCUACCUCUUCCCCUGUUUUGCUUUUUUUUUUUUUUAUUUACUUGACAUCUGGACACAUCAUUUGCUUCUUAUUAUGGCCUUUUUGCUAAAUUUACACAUGAAUCUUUUUGAGAAGACUUUCUACAUGUGGAAGUGGCUUUUUAAAGCCCGGAGCUUUCACUGCAAUAUUUACACAGCUAAAGAUGUCCUUUUUGUGUCCUAUAAUUUGCUGGUGUUGUAAAUAAACUGUAUGGCAACUGUAUAUUAUGGAUUAAUUAACAGGAAAUAUGUUGUAAAUCACUGUUUUUUCUGCUCCUGACACUCAUCAAUAUAAGUUGAGUGCAUUAA